GCAAGCAUGGCCAAGCUCCUUCUCGUCACGGGUCUGACCCUUCUGUUGAAUUCUCAGCUGGGUUCUGCCUACCAGCUGAUGUGCUUCUUCAACAAAGAGGCCCAGGACCGGCCGGGACUGGGGCUUGUCAGGUUAAAGGACAUAAACCCUUGCUUGUGCACUCACCUGAUCUACGCCUAUGCUGGAAUGAAGAACAAUAAGAUUACUAUGACACAAAGGAGGGACUUGUAUAACUUUGGAACUUUAAAUGAACUGAAAACUAGGAACAGACAACUGAAAACCCUCCUGGCCAUUGGAGGCAGGGACUUUGGAACUGCCCCUUUCAGUAUCAUGGUUUCCACUCCUAAGAACCGCCAGAUUUUCAUUACAUCAGCCAUCAAAUUUCUGCGCCAACAUGGGUUAGAUGGGCUGACUCUGGACUGGAGGUUCCCUGGCUCUCAUGGGAGCCCUCCAAAGGACAAGCAUCUCUUCACUGUCCUGGUGCAGGAAAUGCAUAUAGCCUUUCAAAAGGAGGCCCGUGACAAUACCAAACCCAGUCUGAUGGUCACCACCACAGCACCUUCUAAAAUUCCCACCAUCCAGGCUGGCUACGAGAUCUACCAGCUGUCUGAGUACCUGGACUACAUCCUUGUUAUGACCUAUGAUUUCCAUUCCUACAAUGAUGGCAACACUGGAGAAAACAGUCCCCUCUACAAAUUCCCAAGUGACACUGGUGACAAUGCCAACCUCAACAUAAAUGACAGCAUGGCGUACUGGACGGCCAAUGGGGCUGCAGCUGAGAAGCUCGUUGUUGGAUUCCCGGCAUAUGGACAAACCUUCACGCUGAGUUACCCUUCCCACACUGAAAUUGGUGCUCCUGUCACAGGCAGUGGCCAACCAGGGCCCUACACAAAGCAAUUUGGGACGUUGGCCUAUUAUGAGAUUUGCACCUUCCUGGAUCAUGGAGCCACUGAGGAUUGGAAUAGCCCUCAGCAAGUGCCCUACGCCUAUCAGGGCAACCAGUGGGUUGGCUAUGACAAUGGCAAGAGUUUCAAGAUCAAGGCUCAGUGGCUUGUGGAGAACAAAUUUGGAGGUGCCAUGGUCUGGUCCAUUGAUCUGGAUGAUGUCUACAACAAGUUCUGCAAUCUUGGCAAAUUCUCCUUGAUCUCCACCCUAAAGAAAGAGCUCAGUGUGGACGGUCCAAGUUGCACACCUCCUGCUCCCGUCCUUAAGGAGGGAAGCGCACUCCAUGGCAGUGAGCAUGAAAGCAGGAACGAGAAGAUCACCAGCUCUGGGAUGCUGGAUUCUGUGUCUCUACCCAAUGCAGAAAUAUCAGCUGUGCAUGGGGUAGAGAAGAACAAUAAACUGUGUGAGGAAGUGGUGGAACCAACUGUCCUAUACCUCCUAUCUGCCUGCGUGAUGGCCGCGGCUGUGAGAAGGAAAUGUCUGAUUGCUUGA